UCGGGAGAUGGAUAGACCCCUCUGGAUGUCUGCCGAAUUCUGGACAGGACUCCAGGCAUACUGGAGUCAGGAGGCUGUUCAGGCCGUUUCCCAGCGAGCACGUGCGAACCGGAUGUCUGAGCCCGAUGGACCCGGUACAGGGAUCAGCAGGCACGUGGGAGGGUCUCAGUCCACUCGUAUCAUGCAGCAGAGUCUGAGCUUGGAGACUGGACUCCCCCCGGCUGCACAGAACUAUAGCACCUUCCUCCGCCUCCACAUGCGCGAGGAUGGAACUUUUCUGUCACCGAGGCAUGAGAGACUAGAUGUAAGCGUUUAAGUUUAAUCAAAUAUUAGUAAUUCAUAGUGAAAUGUAUUUAUUUUAAUACAAUUUUCAAUUGUUAUGUCUGAAUUAGGCGGAGAUUCGUCGCAUUGCUGUUGAGACUGGGCGAGAGGACCGACUGCCUGAGAUCUACUUGGAGGUCGUACGGCCCGACAGGUCCCGACUCUACGGCACUGGAAGUGCCGGUAGGAGCCAGGUUAGUAGGGGGUCUUCUCAAA